AUGGAGAAAGUCAUAACAGAGCCUCCGCGGAAUCCAUUCACUGACAGCGCCACAGCGAGUAGAGCAACAUCGAUCCAAAUAAACUCGUGUGCGUCUCAGCGAUCUGAAGGUCCGUCAUCGAGCGGACUGCGUCCAUUGGCGAGACGACGACUCCAAUCUUAUCGCCUGAAAGGGGAGUACGAGCAACCCUGGAAGGACGACCCGAGGCUUUAUCGCACCCGAUGUGGGAACUAUAUCAUCUGGGGAUGCAUCGCGGUGGGCAUUGUGCUUAGCGGGUAUAUCAACUACUCUGUGACGCGAAAAGUGCCCAAGCAGUCAUAUUGUCUCAUUUUAGACGACCACUUCCAAACCCUCGAUACCAAUGUGUGGAAUCACGAGGUCCAGGUGAAUGGCUUUGGGAACGGUGUUUUUGACUGGACAACGUCUGACAAUCAGAAUUCCUAUGUUGAUGCAGAGGGACUGCAUAUUGUUCCGACAUUGACCACCGAGACCACCAAGAUCACUUCCGAUCAGAUCCUGGACGGGUUCUCUCUGAACUUGACGAAAGCCCAUGGCGAUGGCUCCUGUACGGGAACCAGCAACGACGAGUGCAGUGUUCGAUCUAACCAUACGCUUGGUACGAUUCUGCCUCCAGUCCGGUCAGCCCGGUUGAAUACCAGAGGCACCAAGAGUAUCCGGUAUGGCCGAGUCGAGGUGACAGCGAAGUUUCCCACUGGCGACUGGCUUUGGCCUGCUAUUUGGAUGAUGCCCGUGAAUGACACUUACGGAUCCUGGCCCGCCAGUGGUGAAAUUGAUAUCGCCGAAAGUCGCGGCAAUGACGUAAACUAUCCCUUAGAUGGCCGCGAUGUAAUAAGCAGUUCUAUGCACUGGGGUCCCACCGCACAGACAGACUCCUUCUGGCGAGCGACUCGGGGUAAAGCUCUGCGCCGCACGGAUUUCAGCCAGGGAUUUCACAUAUUUGGGCUGCAGUGGUCCCAGGACUACCUCUUCACAUACGUGGACAGUCCCCUGCAGCAGGUCCUGUAUUGGACGUUCGAGAAGGACCGCACCAUGUGGGAGAAGGGAGUGUUUGCCGGAAUGACGAUAAACUCAUCCCUCGUACGUGAUCCCUGGUCAUCUCACGGCCGACCCAAUACGCCCUUCGACCAGCCCUUCUAUCUGGUGCUGAAUGUGGCGGUGGGCGGUCGGAAUGGUUGGUUCCGCGAUGGCGUGGGAAACAAGCCCUGGACUGAUUCCGGUAAUUCUGCGUUGGACUUUUACGAAGCUCUUCCUACUUGGUAUCCAACUUGGCCUAAUUCGAGUAGUCGUGGGAUGACGGUUCAGUCGGUGAGAAUGUGGCAGGAGGGAGCCUGUCCCUAG